UUAAAAACAUGAACGAAAGCACCCCUCUAGUUGGGUCAAGAAGCUUUAAAGCACCAUCUCCAUGGUAUCCAAUUAUGACUAUGAUGCUAGUAGCUUUUUCUGGAGGUGCUUUAUUUGCACCUCAUGUGCAAUUUUAUACCGAGAUAUUCUGUUACAUACAUUACAAUGGAAAAAAUAUUCCUAUUCAAGAUUGUUCGAUUCCUCCUGUUCAAAAAAUGGUAUCAAGGGCCCAGGCAAUCAUCAUGUUUUUGACUUAUGCAUCAACAUUGAUCAGCGCAGGAUAUUACGGUCGUUUAUCUGACCGAAAAGGGCGCACAUUGGUUUUGCGUAUUUCGACUUUAGGCAGUUUAUUUUAUGUCACUUGUGAUUUGUUGACAGCAAAGUACUACAGAUCCAUCGGCAUCUCUUUAUUAUUCUUAGGACCUUUGGUGCGUGGAUUACUAGUAGGCGAAAGUGUACUAAUGGCUGCUGUGCAAGCCUAUAUUGCUGAUUGUACUUUGGCUGAUUCGAGAACCGUUGUGUUUGCUCGAUUAAUGGCUAGUUUAUUCAUUGGAUCUGCUAUUGGACCCUUUGUCAGCAGUCUUAUUCUUAAACAUACAGGAAGUCUUGUCUAUGUAUUUUAUAUAGCAUUUUUUGUUGAUCUUGUCAAUGUCAUUUACACAACAUUUCUUAUACCAGAAUCCUUUGAUUUAAGCAGAUUUCAAGAUCAGCGAAGAGCACCAGUAUCAUUUUGGCAAAAGUUAAAUGUUUUUUCAGCACUUGGUAUUAUUAUUCGCAAUCAAUCUGCUUCAAUGGCGCCUUAUGCAUUAGUAUGGAUUGCCCUGGCAGAUUUUUUAUUGGCACUUGUAAGACGCCCUCCUACGCUCAUUUAUGCCAUGUUGAAAUUCAAAUGGACCGCUUAUGAAGGCAGUCUAUAUUAUACAUGUGCCUCUCUGAUGAAACUAUUGAUUAUGAUUGGUGUAUUGCCUUUCUUGUCUAGUCUGUUUAAAAAAGGACGAACGUUUGAUAUUUGGAUGAUGAGGAUUGGUAUUGGUAUUGAUGCAGUCUGUCUUGCCUUGUCAGGUAUUGCAACCAAUGUGAAGGUGUUUACAAUAGCUGGCAUGCUCCAGAGCUUUUCCAUGUUGGCACAACCAUCUAUUCGUGGACUAAUUACUACGAUGGUCAAUCGAAACCAAGUAGGGGAAUUGUUGGGUGCGAUUGCUAUUUUGGAUUCUAUAGCAAGUAAGCAAAAUUUUACAUGUAAUGAGUGUUGAUUUGUGGUAGGCCUUCUUGCUCAUUUAGGUAUUAAUACCUUAUAUGGUUCGACUGUAUCUGCCAUGCCAAAUUUAACUUUUUUUGUAUGUUCAUUUAUUGCUUCAUGCUCAUGCUUGGCUGCCUUUCUUGUAAAAAGAAGUGCACCCUCUCUGGAUAAUGGCGUUGGUUUCCCCUAAUAUGUUAUAGACGUAAACAUGUAUAGAUCAUAUUUUUCUUGUAAAGAAGGACAUUCUAUUAAUUUAUUUCGACAUUAAAUAUGCAUUCGAACUAGA